AUGCGCUCAGACAUCCUCCUCGUCCUCGCCGCCACCUUCGGCUCCACCCUCGGCCUGCGCCGCGCCUGCAAGCACACCGCCGCCUCCGAGGGCUGGUACUACACGACCUCCUCGGACUCGCUCGACGCCAUCGCGGCCGACUUCUGCACCUCCCCCGCGGUCAUCAAGUCGUGGAACAACCUGCAGAGCAUCAAGCCGGGCAUGAACCUCAAGGUGCCGUGCCACUACAACGCGGGCCGCCAGCGCGACUGCGCCAAGAACAGCGCGACCGACGGCGCGUACGUGAUUCAGUCGGGCGACACGCUGAACAGCAUUGCCUACGACUUCUGCACGACGGCCGACAAGCUGCAGCAGAUGAACUCUGCGCGCAUCACGAACAAGGACCUGAUUUACCCGGAUUGGGUUAUCCAGGUCCCUUGCAGCUGGAACUAG